AUGGAAUUCGUCACAAUUGAAGGCUUUAGAUCAAAUAGUAAAAUUGUACAUUGUAACAAUGGAUAUUUUUACAAAAUUAAAUGUACAAGAACAAAUUCUAAAUCAUUGCAAUGUAUACAAGCAGACUGUUCUGCAACCGGUCUCAUUGUGGACAAUUUGUUGUACGAAAAGCGCACCCACACACAUGAUCCUGACAUGGGUUACUUGGCACUGGUAAAUCUGAAAACAAAUAUUUUACGAAGGUGUGCAGAAGAAUGUACCCCACAUAGGAUAAUUUUUGAAGAAGAGACAUCAAGAACACAAGGCUUAGAAGAUCGUUUGGAGUAUACUUCAUUUUUAAGAAGUAUGGAAAGGGCAAGAGCUGCAGCUCAACCGAAAAUUCCAAAUGAUUUAAUGGAGUAUGCAGGUGAUUUGGUAGAUCCUCGCUAUAGUCACAUGUUUAGAACGGCUAACGGACGAGCAAUGUAUAAAGGAUUUGUAAUGGGUGCUCCUGAUGCCGGAUCAGCCGUUGUAUUCAUCUCUCCAUCCCUAGAAAAGCAUUUCCAGUUGCAUAUGCUCUUAUGACGCGAAAAACUGAAGCGGCAUACACCAGUGUGCUACAACACAUUAGGACUUGUGUUCCAGGUAUUAGUGCCACAAAUAUUUUAACAGACUAUGAGGUAGGGUUAAACAACGCAUUGGCCAAUGUAUUUCCGGGAGCCAGAUUGCAGAAAUGCUGGUUUCACAUGGCUCAAGUAAGAUUUCCAAAAAAAUUUAACAAUUU